AACCCCACAACCAGCUACCACCAAAUCAUCCAAAUUUCAUUCCAAACCCCACAACCAUCCAGAUUUUUAUUCUCUCUUUCUCUCCUUUCCCUUCUUUUAAGCUCACUCUUUCUCUAUGACAAUGCCAUUUCAUUUCCUUCCCUUAUUCCUUAUAAACAUCCCACCCAACCACCGUUUUCCAACGGUUACUUUAUCCCUCUCUCAAUGACACAGAAAAGAAACGGAAAAUCCAGCAAAUAAACCCUUUAAAUUUGCCUUUACUUGCAUUCUUCUGCGAGUGGUGAGGUUUCUGGAGGUGGGUUUUUCCAGAUUCAGCCAGGAGUUGAAGAGAUUGGCGUUUAGAGACAGACCCAGAUGGAUUUAUCUUCGUUUUUGACGUCCUUAGGGACGUCUUUCGUGAUAUUUUUGAUUUUGAUGCUUGUUUUCGCUUGGCUUUCUUCAAAGCCUGGCAACCAUGUCGUUUAUUACCCGAAUCGAAUCCUCAAGGGUCUUGAUCCUACCGGCGGGUCGAGGACUAGGAGCCCGUUUGCUUGGAUUCAGGAAGCUCUGUCUUCUUCUGAGCAGGAUGUGAUCUCUAUGUCUGGGGUUGAUACUGCUGUGUACUUUGUGUUUUUGGCCACUGUGCUGGGGAUUUUUGUGCUGUCUGCCGUUGUUCUGCUACCAGUUCUUAUUCCAAUUGCUGUCACAGAUGAUGGUAUUAAGAAUGCUAAAAUGAUCAAUAACCAAACCGUUGAGACUUUCAGUGAACUUGACAACUUAUCCAUGGGAAAUAUCAAUCUGCGGAGUAAUCGGCUAUGGGCCUUCUUAUUAGCCACUUACUGGGUUUCCUUUGUGGCAUAUUACCUGACAUGGAAAGCUUAUAAUCAUGUCUCAGCUCUGAGAGCUGAAGCUCUAAUGUCUCCAGAAAUAAAGGCUGAACAAUUUGCCAUUAUUGUUAGAGAUAUCCCUCCUGUUCCUGAAGGUCAAACUAGAAAGGAACAGGUUGAUUCCUUUUUUAGGAAACUUUACCCAGAUGCAUUCUAUCGCUCAAUGAUCGUCACAGACAACAAAGAGGUCAAUAAAUUGUGGGUGGAAUUGGAAGGGUACAAGAAGAAGCUCGACCGGUCUGUAGCGGUUUUCGCAGCUUCAAAAACAGAAGCCAAGCCAGAAGGUGUAAGACCAGCACAUAAAACUGGCUUCCUUGGUCUUGUUGGGAAAAAAGUUGACAGCAUAGAAUUCUACUCCGAGAAGAUCAAUGAGCUUGUCCCAAAAUUGGAAUCUGAACAAAAGGCUACUCUUAGAGAGAAGCAGAAGAACGCUGCUUUAGUCUUCUUCAAUAACCGGGCAACCGCAGCUUCUGCAGCUCAAAACUUGCACGCACAAAUCGUUGAUAAAUGGACUGUUCUGGCAGCUCCCGAACCCGGCCAGCUUAUCUGGGCUAAUCUUUAUAUAGAUUUUAUUCAUAGACAAGUAAGACAAUACAUCGUGUAUGUCAUCGUCGCACUGAUGAUUCUCUUCUACACGAUUCCGAUUGCUGCAGUCUCUGCUAUUACCACGCUCAAUAAUUUAAAGAAGUAUCUGCCAUUUUUGAAGCCAGUUGUGAACAUAGGUGCACUCAAGAGUAUUUUAGAAGCGUUCUUACCUCAAUUAGCUCUGAUUAUCUUCUUGGCUAUGCUGCCCAAGUUGCUUCUCUUUCUAUCUAAAUCUGAGGGAAUUCCUUCAGUGGGACAUGCUGUGAGGGCUGCUUCUGGCAAGUAUUUCUAUUUCACUGUGUUGAAUGUUUUCAUUGGAGUCACUUUGAGUGGUGCAUUGUUUGAAACCUUGGAGACCGUCCAGAAGAAUCCUAACUCUCUUGUUCCCUUGUUGGCAAGUAGUCUCCCAGGCAGUGCAACUUUCUUCCUUACCUAUGUGGCUCUCAAGUUCUUCGUCGGUUAUGGUCUCGAACUAUCUAGGAUCGUUCCUCUUAUCAUAUUCCAUUUGAAGAAGAAAUUCCUUUGCAAGUGUGAAGCUGAUGUGAAAGAUGCCUGGACUCCUGGAGAUCUUGGUUAUGGGACUAGAAUACCUGGUGACUUGCUCAUUUUCACUCUAGUCCUCUGUUACUCCGUCAUAACACCUCUGAUUGUCCCGUUCGGCGUCAUAUAUUUCGGUCUUGGAUGGCUUAUUCUUCGCAAUCAGGCCCUAAAGGUUUAUGUUCCUUCCUAUGAGACCUAUGGAAGAAUAUGGCCACAUAUAUUCAACCGUAUAAUCGCGUCGCUCUUGUUGUACCAACUUACGAUGUUCGGUUUCUUCGGGGUGAAGAAAUUCUUCUAUGCUCCAAUCUUAAUACCACUCCCCAUAAUCUCCCUGAUAUUUGCCUUCCUUUGUCACAAUAAAUUCUACCGAGCGUUUGCUGAUACCGCCCUUGAAGUCGCUCGUUAUGAGUUGAAGGAAGCUCCCAACAUGGAACAAGUGUUUAGAUCUUUUGUUCCACCAAGUUUAAGCUCUGAGAAGGUUGAUGAUGACCAAUUUGAAGAUGCACGGUCGCAGGUUUCGAGAUCAGGAUCGUUCGUUUAAAUACGAACUUGCGCCAUUCUUGCUUUAUUUGUGAAUCUUGUGUGAAAAUUAGGUGAAAAAUGUUGAUAGUUUAGAGUAGGGAGAGAUCAAUAAGUUUAGAUUGUGAUUAUUGUAUAUGUCACAUUGUGUUUAUGGUUGUUGUUUCAUUUGGUUUAGUUUAAUAGCCAUGAGAAAGGUAGGUGAUAUGUGUUCAAGAAGAAUGAAUUAUCCAUAGCAAUUCUUCAUUUGUGUACUUAAUGAAAUCGAAAUAGUGCUA